GGUUAGGAAUAAACUGCAUGUUUUUGAGUUUUUUAACAACUUUUUAAGAGAUUAGUAAAACAAAAUGGAAUCAAAUUCAUCUGAGAAUUCUCAAAAGAGAAAUAACAGAAAAAGAAAGAAGUCUUUUCUAAAAAAUGCAAGAAAAUAUGCCAAGAAAGGACACUUUGGAAGAGGCUCACAAUUGGAUUCUGAUACAUAUCAUUACUUUGUAAAAAUCUUGGAAACUUUUAAAGAAGGUUUUGAUACAGAUGAGGAUAAACAAGUUUUUGCUAAUAAUGUAUUUGCACAGACUGAAGACCAAGAAGUUAAUUGUUCUUGUAAUCAAGUGGGAUGCAGAGUUGUGGAAUUACUCUUACCUUUUGCCAAUGAUGACAUAUUGAAAAAAUUCAUGGUUGCCUUUAGUGAAGAUAUGAGACCUCUAAUCAGUGAUAGAUUUGCAAGCCAUGUAUUAGAAUGUCUUGUUUCUGAAAGUUGUAAAAGGACUUUAAAUAACAAAGUGCCAGAAGAAUCAAGAACAGACUAUCAGAAUUUUGCUAUUAAAGUUAGUAAGUUCUUGUUAAACAAUCUAGAGGAUUAUAUUUGGGAUACUUGUGGGAAUCAUGUCAUAAGAAGUUGUCUUACACAUUUAAUACAGAUGCCUGUUGAUAAAAAGAAUGAAGAGGUGGUAAAAGUUGAAGUUCCAGAUGAGUUUUCUGAGAUUGUUAAAGAAUGUGGUCAAAGAAUUAUUAGUUGGCCUCAAUUUAAAGAAAUGUGUAUGUCUGAUUUAACAUCAGGGUUCUUACAAGUCUUGAUGAAGUGCUUAAAAAUAGUGGAUUCUAAAAUGUUAAAAUUAUAUUUAAAAAAGCUAACGAAAGAAGUUUUUGUUAAUAAUAGUGAACAAAUAGAACAACAAACUAAUAUAUUACCUCCUGCAUUUGGUUCACAAUCUAUAAUCAUGCUUACAGAAACUGCUUUACAUCUAUCAAAUACAAAGUUAUUCACACAACUAUAUACUUCUUGUUUUGCUGGCCACCUUUCUAAACUAGCUACUAAGAGGAUUACAAAUUUUGCUGUACAAAAAUUAAUACAACAUAGUGAGCAAAAGGAGGAAUUUGAGUCUAUUUUUGAUGAACUUGUAGAUCAUUUUCCUGAAAUUAUAAAAGUAGGUCAUUCUGGAGUGAUCCUAGCUUUGGCAGAAGCAUGUAAAAGACUUUGUACUAAACAAGGAAGUUUUGUCCAAAAUUUAAUGAAAGCAUUUGACUGUUUUGAGCCAGAGGAGAGACAAAAUAGUUUUAUUUUGUGUUUAAGUAGAUUUGUAAUGUAUGAAGUUAAUCUCAAUAUGAGUGUGGACAAUCUACAAAAAGAAAAAUUAAAUUUACAUGGAACCUUGAUUCUACAGAAACUCCUGGAUUUUAACAAACCAAUCAAAAUAGUAAAUGCCUUGUUAAGUUUAGAACAAAAUACUCUCAAAGAUUUGUUUUCGAAUACCAUGGGAAGCCAUAUUGUAGAUGCUUACGUCAAGGGUUUGUUUGUGGGGGAGAAAAGUAGAGAAAAGUUGGUUAGAAAAAUGAUGGGUAUGUACAAAGACUUGGCUGUUAGUAAAUUUGGUUCUAGGAGUUUUGAGGCAUUAUGGAUUGCUGCCAGUCUAAAAUUCAAAUUGCAAAUUAUGGAAGAAUUAUCACACAAAGAUGGCAGUUGGAUACACUCAGAUUUUGGAAAAAUUAUAGCUCAAAAAGUUAAUUUUGUAACUUUUAAAAGAAACAAAGACGAAUGGAAAAACUCUCUGAACAAAAAUAAAGGGAAUAAGGAUGAAGAGAUGUUAGCAGAAAUCCUCAAAUAAUGUUUAACUACAUAAGUGUUAUUGUUUUACAUAAAUGUUAAAAAUGUGUUAUAACAUUCAGUAUAUUGUUAAAUAUAUGUAUUUUAA